CCUUUCCUGUUUUUGAAAGGUGAUUGUAUAAAAACAGUUCGCACGAAAGGUUUGGACACAAAGGUGACUUCCUCGGCGUUAGUAAUCGGCGAAGUUUAACUGCCAAAUGUGGUCGAUGAAACUAAUUAACCUCGUUGUGGCAAUUAAACUUAAAUACAGUAUCACAACUUUGCGUUUUAUUUACUACCAUCAACCCACGGUGUAACCGCAAUGUCAUUGUGUUUUCCCUGAAGAAAGAGAAAGUGAACGAGCGAUUGAACAUGUUAACUUAGUGUGGAGUUUUUAUAGUGUGUAUGCGAUGUUGAAUGUUUGUCAUGACACAGACAUAAUGGAGUUAAUAUUUUAGUUGUUUAUUGGUUUUUAUUGAAUUGUUCUUGUCUGUUCUCACUUAGUCCUCAGCCUGUGAGUCAUAUGGUCUGGUUUCUUUUAUAGUUUAUUGAUGUUAAAUAUGAUUGGUUUUUUUGGAAUCGAAAUUACUUAUCUAUGUUACUGAUACUCAGUUUUUUUGGUUUUUUGUAUGUGCGGGAAUGUUGUACUAUUAUUUUUUUCACAUAAUAUAAGGUUCAGCAGUAUGAAGUCUGGGUAUGAGGUUGUUACGUAUAGGUAAAUAAAGCAGUGACUGUUGUUUUUUUAACAACAAUUUUUAUAUAAUGUUUUAUUAUCCGUAUCUUUCACUACGCAUUCAAUGACUUGCUUUGUUUCAACUCGUGUUCUAAUUGGUUGUUUAAACAUUCCAGUCUCCAUGGUUACGUUGCUUCUGUGUAAAUAAAACGACGGCGAUCAAUGAAUUAAUGUGCUCAACACGAGUUCUGCACACACGAGAGAAAAAAAACCUUGCAAUUUUUAUAACGAAAAAGAAAACACGGAAAUAUCUUCUGUAUGAUUCCAAGAUGGCCGCCGGAAAAACAGAGAAGCUAAGUACGAAGAAUACGUUAGCAAUGAAUAAGACGGGAUCACGUCACGGUAAACCGUCGUCAUUAUCGUCAUUUGCUGGCUCGUCAAAAUUAGUUCGCCGUCUUAAUCGCUCUUCUAAAAAACAACAACUUAACAUUGGAGACCAAGUAUCAUUUUUAUACAACGGGAAAACCCAACUUGGUAUAGCACGCUACACCGGUUCCACAAAAUUCAGCGCGGGAAAAUGGUGUGGUAUUGAGUUAUUUGAAAACAGCGGAAAGCAUAACGGUACUGUUAAAGGUUAUCAAUACUUUAUAUGCAAACAAGGUCAUGGAAUAUUUAUUCCCCUACAGAAGGUAACCGCUGUGUUGCCCAAUCAGAUAAGUGACGACAUGAAAAUUACAAUAAAAAGCAUAAAGACUCCAAGGAAGUCCAAAUCUUCUAUUGACAAUACUAGUGACGAACUAUCUCUGCCUAGAAAUGGACUCUCCCAAAGCAGCGAUUCUGGAAUAGAGUCACCCAGUCAUCAUAUUAAUGCUGGGCGGCCUAAACAACCCACCCCAAUAUCUAAUUCCAGGAGGAAAGACAGCAAAAGGGAAAAUAUUGUUAUAUCUUCCUUUGUUACUCCUUCACCUGAAAAGGCUGUUUUAUUAAAUCAUGAAAAUGAAAACGAGAAUGAGAAAGAAAUAUUCUGUAAACAUUCAGAUUAUGGCUAUUUAAGCAAACUUUCGCCGAAAGGUAAAUUUACUGGUCAUAUUGUAUCAAGUGAAACGAAAAAUGAUGUUGAGAAAGAGACCGAUAGGGAGGGAGACGGAGAACACAAUGAGAACGAUGAUGUAUUUUCAGAAGGUGUUACCACAACCCAGAGAUUGUCAUCACCGGACGAUGGAACAUCCAAAAUACCUCGUAGGGUUACGUCGUUUAAAGUAAAAGACAGUGAAAAAACAGAACCACACGAAAGUCCUCCUUUGGUUUUUCCGAGAAAAAAAAUAUCUUUGAAAGACAAUAUUGUAACUUCUGCACCAAUAAUCUCGCGAUCAACAAAAAAUAGCACCUCCGAUGGAGGAAAAAUAAAAGAAACUUAUGAACAGAACAAAGUCUAUACUCCUUCGUGGACGAGAAAGAAGAAUUCCCUGAAAGAAAAACAGCAAGUGGAUAGAAAAGAAAAUGGUAUAAAAAGAGGAGGCAGUCAUGAUGAACCAGCAUUUAUCAUGGGAAACAAUAACGCCACGCAACGUGGAUCUCUUCGCAAGCAAAACACGAUUGGCUGUGAAGUGGACUUACGUAAUAACCAAAAUACAGAUGAAAUUUAUUCACAACACGAAGUACAGGGUGCAAUUGUUAUUGACAGAAAAGGAAAGGAAAACAAAGCCAAACCAAAAUCCAGUGUGAAAACGAACGGUUUUAUCACAGAUGCAAAAUUUAAAAGUUAUAAAGACCUACAAAAGGAAAUUGACGAUCUUCGUAACCAGCUGAAUGAAAGGACUAAUAGAAUUGCUGAUUUGGAGGUGACGUUAAAAAAUAAUAUCAACAAAAAAGAAGAAGAAAAAAUACAAUACGAAAAUGCACAAGAACUUAUGCAAAAUGAAGUUACAGACAAAAAUAAAAAUAUAGCCGAACUAAAAGAGAGGAUAUUUUGUGCUGAUUCUCUACUGGAUACUUCAAACAAAGGUUUGCAAGCGUUAGCAGUUGUAAUACAGUACUACCUAACGCAGGUUGAAGAAGCUACAGAACAGCUUCGCAAUGUUAAAAAGGAGAAAACUGACAUAACACGUCACCGCGAUGACCUUCUGACAGAGAAAAAUGAAUCUGAAGCACAAAUCACAGAUUUGACAACUAGUCUGAACGCUACAAAAUGUCGAUGUGAAGAAGCGGUAAAAGAACUUCAUUCCCUCAAGCUUAAUCACGAUGUACAAAUCACUGAACUGCAAAACAAAUACGAGAAACAAGAGGAAGACAUUCGUACAACUUUGGAGAAGCAAAAUGAUGUUCAAGUUAAAAAUUUACUAGCGAAAUAUGAAGAGGAAUUAGAAAAACUGAAGGCUGCCCAUGAAAGUGAGCUCUUGCAAUUAAAUUCACACCAUGGCGAUGCACUUGAGGAAGUGAAGAAAGAAAAGGACGAUGCUACAUCUAAUUUGCAGAAACGGCAUGAACAAGAACUGAAAGAGCAAAAUGUCAAGCACGAGAAAGACGUAGAAAUAAUACAAGCCGACCACGCCCAACAAUGCGACACACUACAAAAAAGAAUUAACACUUUGGAAUCCGACAAAACUGAUUUAUCUAAAAGGUUGGAAGAAGUUGUUAAAGAAGUUGCAAGUGAUGCCAAAGUUCAAGCCGCGUUGGCGCAGUACAAACAUUUACCAGCUGAGCUAGAAAGUUUACAAGUUGUUGUCGAUAUGAAAAAUAGCGAGUUGAAAACUUUGCGAGUAAAAUGUAUGGAGUUAGAGAAGAAGGUUGAAGAUUUCUACGAGUUGCAGACGAAAUGCGAUGUUUUGACUCAAGAGAAUCAGUCUCUCGCUGAAGUGUUGAAAAAAAGAGUCAAAGCUGAAAGACAAAUAUCUGUGGAGAGAGAUUCGUUAAUAGAAAAGUUUGAACGAGAGAGUCGCAAAGUGUCUCGCUUAUCUAUGGAAAAAGAACAACUUAUAUGGCGUGCUUCUAAUCCUGACCUGCGUUUUAGCGGGAGUUCACCAAACGUGUUCAAUGAGGAAGACGAAGGCGACUCUCCACCGUCGCCGUUACUUAAUUCAGGUUCCCUUUCUACGACAAAACAAAUGUCGAAAAAGAUGAAACGGAGGAGUAUGAACUUUCCUUUAUCGCAAAAUGACUACGACUUAAGAUAACGUUUUCUGUACCCCUGGCUGGAUUUCUGAGAUUGUCAGAAGAUAUAGUCUUUUUUGACGAGGCUGUUUAGUCUAUUUUACUUGUUGAAGUUAGUUUUCUUUCAUAACACUUGUUUUCUUUUCCAAAACAAAUUUUAUCUUCCUUAAAAAUAUAUCUACUGUCUUCUUUCUUUUGCAUGGCAUUGGUGUGUUUUUUUUCUUUCAAAAAUUUCUUAAAAAGGCUGGAACCUCCAAGAAAAAAGCUAGGAAAAAAUCACCUUCGAUCUUUUUAUAUUAAUAAUGACGUCCCUGCAUGCGUUGUGAUUGGCUGCUGGCAUACCAAUCACAAUGUGGUGUUAUUUUAUAUAAUAGUGUAAACACCCCUUGAUCACCACCCAACCUCACCCCCGGAAAAUAUCUCGAUGAUUUAGACUUCCCUUCCUUAAAUAUAAACCCAUUUCUGAUUUUUUAAUAUAAGACACCCCCAAAGGGAAAUGAAAGACAUUUCAACCAAUUGGCUAAUUUUGGGGAGGGGGUAAUGUUACGUUUUCUUUCUGCCUCCUUUCAAAUGCUUGUUAACGCCUAGACGAAAAAUCCCUGCCAAUCUUUAACGCAGGGAUUUUUUAAAACGAAUUGUAAAUAUAUAAACGAAAUAUUAAGUACGUAUACGCUGUUUAGUUACUUUUCUAACAUUCGUCUCUCAUCAGAAAAAAAACUAAACGCUUAUUUUUGGUUUGGGAAUUGUAAUUAUUUAUAUUCACUGUAUUUUAUCGAGUUUGCGAAAGUGCUAUUGUAAAUGAAAA